UCUCCUCAUUUUUUCGCACGAAUGAAGAAAGAGCUUAGAUUAGUCAUUUUUCAGAAGCGCGAUUAAACACCUCGGCAAAACAGAACCACAAACGACAAUUGCCGACCCCUCACCAAAAGUCCUCAAAGUUGUCCAAGUCAACCCAAGCAAGGUACAUGUAGCUGCAAGAGUAUAGAGUGUGAGCAGUCGACCAUGAUGAUGACGAGGAACUCCAGAAUGGCACCACGGGAAAGCCAGGAGGCUCUGAGUCGACCCAUGUGCAAUGUAGACCGCAUCCUGCUGUGUUGCGUUUUGCUGGUGUUUGUGUUGUCUCAUACCCUCGAGUUAAAGGGCAUUAUGGUCCCUGUUCUCGGCGGCAGCGACCCGGCCACUGUACAGCAGCAAUUGGCAGCUCCUGGAAUGCCGGCUACCGUCAAUCAAAUCACCCAAGAAAUUCGAGCCACCACCACAGUGACAUCACAACUACCGCCAACAAAAGACGACAAGCCCUCGUGUCGGUCGCUCAUGAAGGGUCCCAACUCGCCCUACCGAGAUGGAGCCUUUUUGACACGACGGAGUUUGCCCGUGGCAUGGAUCCCUCGAGUCGAUGGAUCCCGUGAAUUGCAACAUUCCAUGUGUACGCUCCAUCGCUACACGGCCGACGAAGCACGGCAUUGUUUAGCCAAUCAUCAUUUGAAUUUCAUUGGAGAUUCGCUGACACGGUAUCAAUUUGUCAGUCUAGUGCAUUUGAUCCACAAGGGAAAGUAUCCACCGCGAUGGGGAUUGCCAUUCCCCGGAGAGCGUUGCAAACACCAGGAUGAACGGGGUGUUGGUACUUGCUCGCCACCGGGUGAUGCCAAUGUUAACAAGGAACAAGAUUGGCAGACGGUCACUCCAGAGGGAGCGGAUGAAUGGAUGCAUUUUAUGCGAGCUCUGGGGACCUUUGUGUUUGAUGGAUACAUGGAGGCCGCAGGCGUCAGGAUUAAAGACUUUCCUUUUGAAAAAAUUGCCGAAAACUAUAUUUACGUGGCUCCCGCCAUUUACAGCACUGCCAACAAAACAAGACCCAUUCUCAGCUACCAGCAAGAACUGGGAUGGGCCAAUAAUCCCACACCAAUUCACGGCUUUCAUUACACGGGGUGCGCCUUUAAAGGAAUGUGCCAAUUCACCAGUGCCAUGGCCCGGGAACGACUCAUACGAGCCAACAGGAACGAGUUUGAUUUUGAACAAGACUUUAUUGAAGCCAUUGGCCCCAACGGGGUAUUGCGACGGGAGCUUCCGCCCGUCGAUAUCGCCAUUUAUAAUCGAGGGUACUGGGGAGCAUUGGAAAAGGAACGGGCCGAAAAGAUCAUGCCCAAUUUACAUUCGUUCAGUCAAGGUGAAAACGGACGAUGCUUUUUCAAGACAUCGACCGGUGGGCAUGAUUGGGUCUUGGAACCCGAGAGAACUCAUGUACAAGAUGCAACAUGGUCGAAUGGCUGCGGAUUUCUGGACUUUGCACAUCUCACGGCAGAUUUCAACACCAUUUACUGGCAAAACAAGCUCCCGCCGCGACAAAUGGAUGGUCAUGUUAACGAUGAACGCGAUACCAUCUUUUGGGAUCCCGUCCACUUGCAGCCAUGGGUCAAUGAGGAACUGAACAAUAUGCUCUUGAAUGUUCUAUGCAAUGCGCACAUGCCAUGAGCAGGGGGGUCCAAUCCACUGGCAUCAAUCGAGCAACUAUCAGGGCACGUGGCUCGGUAUGUUUGGUUUUCAGUACAUUGAUUGGUUUACUGUAGCUAACGAUAGCUAGAGACUGGAACCGUUUCAAUUUCAAUGCCCAUAUAGUAACAGGGUGAACACUGAAGCACGGAGUAGGAAAAGGUGUGGGCCUCGUAUCUCGAACAUUGCACAAAACGCCCAUCUCUUGUUAAAAUGUUUGGACAAUGAUAUCCCAACACUUUCGGAAUCCCGUACAACCGGGGAGAGCUUGUCAGCAGUUGCAUGAUUGUUUGCUUUCAUAGGGCUCCUGAGAUUCUCCAGAUCGCCUGACACAAUCCUGCCCAUAAUUCGCCUGCCUACCAGACAACCUUUGAUCUAUCUUAGCUUGUGGUUAGUAACAACAAAAAAUGACCGAGCGCCG